UGUAACUCCUUAGUCUUCAUCUCUACAGAGGCUGCCAACCAGGACCUGGACCAGUCUGCCAAGAGGCCCAGGAGAGGUCAGAGGAAACCCUCCACAGUCAAAGGAGCCAAGAAGUCCAGCAGAUCGGCAGAGUCCUCCGAGGAGAGUGAUGGGGAGAAUGUUCCAGACUCGGUGCCGGUACCCCGUCCAUCCCGCCGGGCCAAGACGGCAGCUUUGGACAAAACCAGACUGGACCUCAGUGCCCUCCUCCACCAGGAGGCCAACACCUCGUAGAGUCCCAGGUCAGAUAGGGUAGAGAGGUCAGGAUGCGUGUUUGCUGCCGAGUGGAAUCAGUGAUGUAUCAGAGUAGUGGACAUGUCGAGCAACAGGUUUAGAGACAGAAGGAAGUCCUAUCAUCAACCUGAAUGAAAAAUGUAUUUUUAUUGGUUUAAAUAAAACGAUUAAACUUC